GUUAAUAUUGAUAUAAGACUUUAUUUUUACGAAAUCGUGAUUCUGCAAAGAUUCUUUAGUGAAUUUUUUUCAAUAAUAAAGUGAAUAAGAUGCCGAUGUGGGACAUCGCAUGUAAAGUGUAUGUUGGAAAUUUAGGAAAUUCUGGUUCUAAGGCAAAAUUUAAAGAAGCAUUUAGUGUUUAUGGACCGUUGCGAAAUAUAUGGGUUGCGCGCAAACCGGCUGGUUUUGCAUUUAUAGAGUUCCAAUAUCCCCAUCAUGCCAAGAAUGCAGUUCGUGCUUUAAACGGCGCACUAUAUUGCGGCACCCAACUUCGGGUUGAAAUGGCAACCGGCCGUACUCGUUGGGAUGACUAUCGACGUAAUGGAUUUGGUGGAAGUCCCAACGAUGGCCCUUAUGUUGGUGGAGGUUGGUUUAAUUUAGGUGGUGGCGGUCAAUAUGUAGGUGGGCGCUGGCUUCACGGUGUUAGAGGUGAGCACCAUUAUUGUAAGAAAUGUCGUUAUGCUGUAGGUGGUUGGCAUCGUUAUGGCGAAGAUAAAACUCAUCUUGGUGAUAAAAUGCUCCAAAUUACUGAUGAUAGGCGUUGUCUAGGUGGUGAAAGGCUUUAUACAAGUGGUAAUGGACCUAGUGUUAGUGGUAGAAAGCUGCAAGUAAGUUAUGCUGGACCUCGUCUUGGUGUUAAACAACAUCGUUCUAGCAAAGACGGUCAUCUUAUUGCUUAUGAUAGGCACAAUGCUUGUGAAAAUAAUUCUUGUGCUCAUUGUAAAGUAGUUCGAGUCAAUGAUGAUAUGUAUAGUUAUAGCGAUGAUGGUCGUCAUGCUAAUUGGUUGCGUCCUAGUGGAUUUCAUAGUAAUGAAAAUGUAGUUUAUGCAGAUGGUAAUGAAUAUCGCUCUCUUGAUAGUGGACACUAUAGAAAUUUUGCAGCAAAAACAAAAUCUACAAAUCAAAAUUUGGUUCUACAACUGUCAAAGAAACAGGUUUCGUCAGCACAACAAGUUUAUAGACCCAUUUUACCACAUCGUAGACGAAACUAUCCUCGAACUUCUCCAGGCGAUAAGCGCGCACAAUCAAAUGCUCAAGGGCGUUACUAAAAUUGAUCUAUAAAUCACAAAUCCACAUUUCAUAAAAAUUAUUGUAUCCUAUAUAUUAUAUGUUUAAUUUUACAGGGUGUUUUGUUUCAAGUUUUUUUGGCUUUAGUAGAUGAUUCAUUGAUUUAAAAUAUAAAUUAAGUCACAUGCCAGUUAAUUAAUGAAGUUAAUUAAUUGCAUUAGUAUCAAGAUAUAUCAUGGGUUUUUCAAAUCAAGCCUUAUUUUAGAUAGAGUUUUUCAUGAUAUCUUGUAUUGCAGUAUACGUUAAUUUCUUUCCCCCGUAUCUCUAUCAAAGAAUCAUCUCAUAAAGUGAGAACAAAGCAAAACAAAACACUCAUACAUUACCUUAUGUUAUUUAAAUAAUUUAAAACUGUACACCAUUUAACAGGAUCUUGACUUAUUUUUUCUAUGGUAUUUAUUAGAUACUGUCUACUUAUAUAUAUUAUAGAUACUAUAAACUGUAACCAUAUUUAUACA